AUGGCUUCCUCGGCACAUACGAGUCCUUUACAAUGGCCUCUCUACCACGACGACGAGGUUCACUUUGUUUAUGAGGCACCUUGGUGGUCACGUGUGGUGCUGCUCGUCGACUUUGCCAUACUUCUUCCCCUAUUCCUCAUUUUCAACUACACCUUGCCUCGCGUCUAUCCAGUCUUUGCCAUCAUACAAGACGAGAAACGAGGGGAACACGAUGCCAUUAUUGAUCAUCAUGUAACCAAUGGGCGAGAGUCGCGUCACACUUCCGUUGCCAACCCCAGUCGAAUCGAUUCGUCGUCUCCAGCCGCCAUCUAUCGACUGUUGGUCGAUACCGAUGGCUUUCUGGCCAAUUUCCGUGGCCUCACCUGCGCUAUCCUUCAAGGAGUCGUGACUGCGUUUCCGGUCGCCAUAGUCAACCGUUAUUGGCGCUGGGGAGGCAGCUUCUUUGUGCGACUCCCUCCUGCGCUGGCAAUGGUUCAGUUCAGUACUUUAUGGCUGCAUCUCAUCAUCGCUCAACCCAGUAAGCGAUCAUUCUGGAGACGCUUGCCCCCGUUUAGACGCACCUACGAGGCAACAUGGAGAGCCGUCGUCGUUCACUGGGCUUCUGUGGAAGUGACUCGAUGGCUGCCCUAUUGGCUGGCUACUUAUCUGGGCAUUGACUGGCCGCGAUUCAAUCUCCUCAUGCCCGACAACAUUUACGCUUUCAAUAUCCAAACAGCAACUGGAGACAUCUCACUGUACUCGAAAUACGCUCUCGUUAUCUUGGUUACCGUCAUCGGCUCCAUCUGCCUCGUUGUACCCAGCCAAGUCGUUCUGAUGCGCAUUCAAGCGUCCCUUCUUCCGGUUGAAGAUCGCACCAUUAUCCCCUUCGACAGAUCCUUUAAUGGCAAAGUAGUGCCCUACACCGUGGGCGGCCGAGGUUAUUCCACGAUGUCUGACGCGUUCUUUACUUUCACCUGGGCAAGCUGGAAGAAUCUGCUUCUUCUUUCCAUCAAGAUUAUCCUCCUAUUGUUGGCAAUAGUCGGCUUUGUCUCUUUGUUGUUGAUUGCUCAAUGGGGCAUCAUCAUUAAGCGGACCGUGGAGCCAAACGAGUACAAUUACUGA